AUGACUGACACUACUACCGCUACUCCAGCCAACAGUGAGGCUCCUACCGAGGAGGAUGCUGCUGCUAAGGUUGAGCUCCCCGAGGGCGCAACUGUCCGGAAGGUGGUGGCUGCUCAAGAGGAUGAUGGAAUGGAUCAUACGCCUACUGAGGAUAUGAACAAGCUCGUUCAUCUUAACGCAUUGGAGCCCUCUCAUGUUGGCACCAUCAAGGACGUCUCUGCCUCUAACAGGCUCAUUCAGAGGAAGUAUGCUCCUAAGGACUUCCACUGGUCUAAGUCGGCUGAGAUACACAGACUCCGAAGGAAGCAGAUUGUGGAAGC